UAUACUAAAAAACAGUGAAUUGUGCACUUUAACUGGAUUGGCUUUAUGGUCUAUCAAUUAAAAGUAAAUAAAACUUUUUAAAAUCACUGCCUUCACAUAGAGGGAAUGAGACAGAAAGAAAUUAAGCAACAUAAAUAAUGUAUAUAGUAUAUUAGAGGGUGAUUCGCACACACCUAGGCCCUUAGGGAAAGUGAUGCGAUGCCACCCAACUGUCCCCUUGCCCCCAAAUGGUCUUGCCUAACCUACCCCCGCCCCCAUUGUCUUUUCUUCUCUUUCCCUCGUAGGGUCUGGUGUUCACAUCCCUUCCCUGAGCUGCCCACGGGGUAAUGGCACUGCCAAGAAAGCCUAACAUGUUUGAUCUGGGCCUGGGCACGUGGAGCCUUAGCUCCCAGGAGGAGAGCCAGAGGGCGCAGGGACCCCCCAAGGGUGUCAGCAAGCAGCUGCCUGAGUACAAGGCGGUAGUGGUGGGCGCGAGUGGCGUGGGGAAGAGUGCGCUCACCAUCCAGCUGAACCACCAGUGCUUCGUGGAAGACCACGACCCCACGAUCCAGGAUUCCUACUGGAAGGAGGUGGCCCUGGGCCACGGGGGCUGCAUUCUGAAUGUCCUGGACACGGCAGGGCAGGCCACCCAUAGGGCCCUGCGUGACCAGUGUGUGGCGAUCGGGGAUGGUGUGCUGGGGGUCUUUGCCCUGGAUGACCCCUCGUCUUUAACCCAGCUGCAGCAGAUGCGGGCCACCUGGGGCCCUCACCACACCCAGCCCCUGGUCCUUGUGGGCAACAAGUGUGACCUUGUGACCACCACCGGAGACGCUCGUGCGGCCGCUGCAGCCCUUGCGAAGAGCUGGGGAGCCCCCUUCGUGGAGACCUCAGCCAAGACGCGGCAAGGUGUAGAAGAGGCCUUCACCCUGCUCAUCCAUGAGAUCCAAAAGGUCCGGGAGGCCAUGGCAAAAGAGGCCGUGGCAGGGCCAGGUGGGGAGAAGGGCCGGCACGAGAAGGCCAUGUGCCGCUGCGGCUGCUCCGUGGCCUAAAGAUCUUGGUCAAGAAAAGUGGCCCUCCCCCAGGCCAGGGUGGUGGUUCCUAGACAUGCAACCUCGGAAGCAGUUAGCUGUGUGGGGACACUGUUGGUGUACUGGGGAUAGAUGAAUCCCUCUCUCUCGGGGAGUUUUUUCUUUGGUGAUGGGCAUCUGAUAAUGUAGGGCAUAGUACUGGUUACUGUUGAGCUAAGAGAUUUUGUGCAAAAAUAAAUGGUGUUCUCAGGUUUCAAAGCUG